CAUUAUAAGGAAGAGCUUAAGGAGACUGAGGCAAGAUGCAGUAUUUACAUUUAAAUGUUAACAUUAAUGUGAAUAGACAGCUAUUGACUGAUAUUUAUUUAAAUUAGGCAACAUUUUGUUUGUGCGUCUUUAAAUCAGGUACCUUGCGAACAUGUGUAGUUGAAGUUUUUCUUUAUUGCUUUUGUUUUGUUUUUUAUUUAUUAUUUUUUUCAAGUUUUUACUUUUUUUUUGUACUGUUGUCAUGUUAUGUACUGUAGUAACAGCAAGCCAUGUAUAUUGUAAAACAUGCUCUACAUAUGAAGUUGUAUACAAUAAAAUCAGGCACAUUACAACGGAAGGGCUUUAUUUUGAAAUACGUAAUAUAUUGAAUUAAACAGUUCAAGUAAAUAUAUUAUUAAUCAAUGUGAUAUCUGUCUAUUACUGUGUUUGCAGGUCUUGUGUACAACAAGCAAUGGACAACCUGACAUUUAAACACAGCAUUCUCCUUGUGGAGGGACUCAAAGUUACACAUCAGUCCUCCUACCCUGUUUUUAUUGUGCUUUUCUUAGCUUAUAUUUUUGCAAUUGUAUCAAAUAUUACACUUAUAUUUAUGAUUUCAACAGAGAAGAAUCUGCAUGACCCUAUGUAUUUUUUGUUCUGUAACUUGCCAGUAAAUGAUGUAAUAGGGACCACUGUCAUUUUGCCACGCUUAAUGCAAGAUAUUCUGAGAGAAGCCUCAGAGCGUUAUAUUACAUAUAUGGAAUGUGUUAUUCAAGCUUAUUUUGUGCAUGUAUUUACAGCAGCAUGUCACUAUGUAUUAAUGAUCAUGGCCUUUGACAGAUAUGUAGCUAUAUGCAAUCCACUGAGAUAUUCUGCUAUAAUGACCAAUAAAAUGGUUAUUAAACUAUCAGCAUCAGCCUGGGGGCUGGCAGUACUUGUGGUGACAAUUAUGAUAGGUCUGACUCUUCGUCUGUCUCACUGCAGAUCAACAAUUGAAAACCCUUUCUGUGAUAAUGCCUCACUUUUUAAACUGUCCUGUGAAAAUGUAGUUAUUAACAACGCAUUUGGAGUUAUUUAUUCCAUAAUUGUAGCCUGUCUGUCAGCAGUAUCUAUAUUUAUAACAUAUGUCAAGAUUGCUGUUGUGUGUAUAAGGAGCAAAAACAAAGCACUCAACAGCAAAGCCAUAAAAACCUGUAGCACUCAUUUAGCUGUGUAUUUAAUCAUGUUUAUUUCUGGAGCCAUUUUUAUUUUUCUUCAUCGUUUCCCUGAAUACUCUGAAAGUAGAAAACUAGGCAGUAUAAUGUUUCACAUUAUUCCACCAGGAUUAAAUCCCUUAGUAUAUGGUUUACAAACCAAAGAGAUAAGACAUAAGAUUGUUAAAGUUUGGAAAAGAAAAAUAGGGAAUUCCUGA